UCGCCCCCGAGGGGAAAGGCAGCAGGGGCGGUUGAGAAGUCUUGGCCGGACUUUGCUUCUCGCCAGGAAAUCGGCGGCGGUGAGUCCCGGCGGAGCGGAGCCGGGCGGCGUCUCCGUCAGCGCUCCCGCGGGGAGCCCGCCGCUUUCCCUGAUUACACACGCACUCCCGACCGACCGUUGGACCCAUGAGCCUGUGGGCACGCCCGACUCACAAUGGGAACAGCCAGUGAUGAGAUGGCGCCCGUGGAGCAGGCCUCCGCGGCCUCCUCCCUGGACCCCCUGUGCUUUGAGUGUGGCCAGCAGCACUGGGCAAGAGAGAACCACCUGUACAACUACCAGGGCGAAGUGGACGACGACCUCGUCUGCCACAUCUGCCUUCAGCCGCUGCUGCAGCCGCUCGACACGCCCUGCGGACACACGUUCUGCCACAAGUGCCUCAGAAACUUCCUACAAGACAAAGAUUUCUGUCCCCUGGACCGCAAGAGACUUCAUUUCAAGCUGUGUAAGAAAUCCAGCAUCCUGGUCCAUAAACUCCUAGACAAAUUACUGGUUCUGUGUCCGUUUUCUUCCGUGUGCCAAGAUGUGAUGCAGCGCUGUGACCUAGAGGCACACCUCAAGAACAGGUGUCCUGGAGCCUCUUACCGGAGAGUUGAUCUAGAGAGAAGGAAAACUAGUCAAACUCAAACACAGAUUGAAGGUGAAAACGGAUCCACUGGACUGGAUCCUCCUGGCACCUCUCCCCCAGAAACGGACUGCUUGGGCAUUGUGCCUGCCGAGCGGAACUUGACACCUGCGCCUCUCCCUGUGUGGCCCGAGGAGCCUGGCCUGGACAACCCUGCCUUCGAGGAGAGCGCUGCAGCCGACCCUGGACAACAGCCACUCAGUUUACCAGAAGGAGAGAUCACCACCAUCGAGAUCCUCCGCUCUAACCCUUACAUCCAGUUAGGAAUCAGCAUCGUGGGCGGCAAUGAGACGCCACUGAUCAACAUCGUCAUCCAGGAAGUCUACCGGGAUGGGGUCAUCGCUCGAGAUGGAAGGCUCCUUGCCGGAGACCAGAUUCUUCAGGUCAACAAAUACGAUAUCAGCAAUGUGUCCCAUAACUAUGCCCGGGCCGUGCUUUCCCAGCCCUGCGGCAUGCUGCAGCUCACCGUGCUGCGGGAGAGGCGCUUCGGCAGCCGAGCACACAGCCAUGCGGACGGCAGUGCCCCUCGGGACGAGGUCUUCCAAGUGAUGCUUCACAAACGCGACUCGGCAGAGCAGCUGGGGAUUAAAUUAGUCCGCAGGACAGAUGAGCCGGGCGUCUUUAUUCUUGACCUUCUGGAAGGGGGGCUGGCGGCGCAGGAUGGCAGGCUCAACAGCAAUGACCGGGUCCUGGCCAUCAACGGACACGACCUGAAGCACGGGACCCCAGAGCUCGCUGCCCAGAUCAUUCAGGCCAGUGGGGAGAGAGUGAAUUUGACAAUUGCCAGACCGGGGAAGUCCCAGCCUAGCAAUGGCACCCGUGAAGCAGGAGCACACAGCGUCAGCCAGCAGCAUGCACAGCCACCCUCUCACAGCCGGCCAAGCUCACACAAGGACCUCACUCAGUGUGUCACAUGCCAGGAGAAGCAUAUCACUGUAAAGAAGGAGCCACAUGAGUCCCUUGGGAUGACGGUUGCUGGUGGCAGAGGGAGUAAGAGCGGUGAGCUGCCCAUCUUUGUGACCAGCGUGCCACCCCAUGGCUGCCUUGCCCGAGACGGCAGAAUCAAGAGAGGUGAUGUGUUGCUGAAUAUCAACGGCAUCGACCUGACCAAUCUAAGUCACAGCGAGGCUGUGGCCAUGCUGAAAGCCAGUGCCGCAUCUCCGGCCGUCGUCCUCAAAGCCCUGGAAGUCCAGAUUGUGGAGGAGACAGCCCAGACCUCGGAGGAGCAGCCAGGCGCUUUCAGUGAGAAUGAGUAUGAUGCCAGCUGGUCCCCGUCCUGGAUCAUGUGGCUUGGGCUGCCGAGUGCCCUUCACAGCUGCCAUGACAUAGUCCUGCGAAGAAGCUACUUGGGAAGCUGGGGCUUCAGUAUUGUGGGCGGCUAUGAAGAGAACCACACCAAUCAGCCAUUCUUCAUUAAAACCAUCGUCUUAGGAACCCCUGCUUACUACGAUGGGAGACUGAAAUGUGGAGACAUGAUCGUAGCCGUAAAUGGCCUGUCGACUGUGGGCAUGAGCCACUCUGCUCUGGUGCCCAUGUUGAAGGAACAAAGGAACAAGGUCACUCUGACAGUCAUCUGCUGGCCCGGCAGCCUCGUAUAGAGCUGGACGCUGCUUUCCAGUCUUGCUUCCUCUGCAGCCUCUUGAAGGAAGCG